AUCCCUUCGUCUUCCCACCCGCCCCGUCCCUCCGCAGACCCCUCGUUUUCCUUCUCCCGAAGUUCCCUGCGUCCCUGGCUUUCCCCCACGCCCUCCCCGGCCCUCGCCCGAAUCCGGCGCCCCGCCCGCCGGGCUUCCAGCCUCAGUUUCCUUCCCUUCCCGGCUCCUUCCUCCGCCGGCGGCCCUUCCUCGAGGGCGGAUGUGCGCCGGGCGGGCGAAGGCGGCGGCGGCGGCUCGAGAGGAUCCCAACUCUGCCCCGGAGGCCUCGGGCCACAGCCAUGCGACGCCCGGGACGAGGCCUGGGCUGGCCGCCGGGGCCACAGGAGCUCUGGAGCCCCAGGAUAAUGGACACUAUCAAUAGGAACCAAGUGGGCCCUGGAUGCAAGACCCCAGCUAUGGUGCAGAAAGGACCCUUGGACCUGAUUGAAACAGGCAAAGGGCUGAAAGUGCAAACGGACAAACCCCAUCUGGUGAGCCUGGGCAGUGGGCGGCUCAGCACAGCCAUCACUCUUCUGCCGCUGGAGGAAGGGAGGACAGUGAUCGGCUCUGCAGCCAGGGACAUCUCACUGCAGGGUCCAGGCCUGGCUCCAGAGCACUGCUACAUCGAGAACCUGCGGGGCACCCUCACCCUCUACCCCUGCGGCAAUGCCUGCACUAUUGAUGGGCUCCUGGUCCGGCAGCCCACCCGACUCACUCAGGGCUGCAUGUUGUGCCUGGGUCAGUCCACCUUCCUCCGCUUUAACCACCCGGCUGAAGCCAAGUGGAUGAAGAGCAUGAUUCCGGCAGGGGGCCGGGCCCCUGGACCCCCCUACAGUCCUGGCCCGGCAGAAUCAGAAAGCUUGGUGAACGGGAACCACACCCCACAGCCUGCAACCCAGGGACCCUCAGCCUGUGGCAGCCACAGUUCCCUGGUGAGCUCUAUUGAGAAGGACCUGCAGGAGAUCAUGGACUCACUCGUGCUCGAGGAGCCUGGAGCUGCUGGCAAGAAGCCUGCCGCCACUUCCCCACUGUCACCGAUGGCCAAUGGUGGCCGCUACCUGCUGUCCCCCGCGACCAGCCCCGGCGCCAUGUCUGUGGGCUCCAGCUAUGAGAACACCUCUCCAGCCUUCUCUCCGCUCUCCUCACCAGCCAGCAGUGGAAGUUGUGCCAGCCACUCCCCCAGUGGGCAGGAGCCAGCCCCUUCCAUGCCCCCGCUGGUGCCUGCCCGGUCCUCUAGCUACCAUUUGGCCCUGCAGCCCUCACAGUCCAGACCCAGUGGUGCUCGCCCCUCUGAGAGCCCCCGGCUGGGCAGGAAGGGGGGUCACGAGAGGCCGCCCAGCCCUGGCCUCCGAGGUCUGCGGACAGACAGCCCUGCAGCCACUGUCUUGGCAGUGGCCUGCAGAGCCACUGAGAGCCCCCGGCCGGGGGGGCAGUUGCCCCUGGUGGCGAUUGGCCUGAGUGAAUACCCGGCUUCUGGUGCCCGUGGCCAACCCACCAGCAUUCCUGGCAGCCCCAAGUUCCAGCCACCAGUCCCUGCUCCUCGAAACAAGAUUGGCACGCUCCAGGACCGCCCUCCCAGCCCUUUCCGGGAGCUGCCGGGCACUGAGCGGGUGUUGACAACCAGCCCCUCACGCCAGCUGGUGGGCCGAACAUUUUCAGAUGGGUCUGCUACCCGCACCCUGCAGCCCCCCGAGAGUCCCCGCCUAGGCCGGCGGGGCCUGGACAGUAUGAGAGAACUGCCUCCCUUGAGCCCAUCUCUGUCCCGAAGGGCCCUCUCCCCCAUGCCCGCCCGGACCACCCCAGAUCCCAAACUAACCAGGGAAGUGGCAGAGAGUCCCCGACCCCGGCGCUGGGCAGCCCACGGGGCUUCACCAGAGGACUUUUCCGUGACGCUGGGGGCGCGGGGCCGUAGGACACGGAGCCCCUCACCCACACUCGGGGAGUCCCUGGCACCCCGCAAGGGCAGCUUCAGUGGCAGGCUGAGCCCGGCUUAUAGUCUGGGCUCUUUGACUGGGGCUUCACCCCACCAGAGCCCCCGUGCCCAGAGGAAGCUCUCCAGCGGGGACUUGCGAGUGCCUGUCACUCGGGAGCGGAAAAAUAGCAUCACAGAGAUCAGUGACAAUGAGGAUGACCUCCUGGAGUACCACCGGCGGCAGCGCCAAGAGCGGCUUCGGGAGCAGGAGAUGGAGAGGCUGGAACGCCAGCGCCUGGAGACCAUCCUGAACUUAUGUGCCGAGUACAGCCGGGCCGAUGGGGGACCUGAGGCCGGGGAGCUGCCCAGCAUCGGGGAGGCUGCCGCAGCCUUGGCUCUGGCCGGCCGGAGGCCCUCACGAGGCCUUGCGGGGGGCACUGGGGCCUCUGGGCGGAGCAACGAGGAGCCUGGAGGUGCCACCCAACGCCUGUGGGAGACUGUGGAGCGCUCGGAUGAGGAGAAUCUCAAGGAGGAGUGCAGUAGCACUGAGAGCACCCAGCAGGAGCACGAAGAUGCACCUAGGGCCAAGCUCCAGGGAGAGGUGCUGGCCCUGGAAGAGGAGCGGGCUCAGGUCCUGGGGCGAGUGGAGCAGCUCAAAGCCCGGGUGAAGGAGCUGGAGCAGCAGCUGCAGGAGUCGGCCGGGGAGGCUGAAAUGGAGCGCGCACUGCUGCAGGGGGAGAGGGAAGCAGAGCGUGCACUGCUGCAGAAGGAGCAGAAGGCGCUGGACCAGCUGCAGGAGAAGCUGGUGACCUUGGAGACGGGCAUCCAGAAGGAGAGGGACAAGGAGAGGGCGGAGCUGGCCGCGGGACGGAGGCACCUGGAGGCCCGCCAGGCGCUCUACGCCGAGCUCCAGACGCAGCUCGAUAACUGCCCCGAGUCAGUGCGGGAACAGUUACAGGAGCAGCUGAGAAGGGAGGCAGAAGCCCUUGAGACUGAGACAAAGCUCUUUGAAGACUUGGAGUUCCAGCAGCUGGAGCGGGAGAGCCGCGUGGAGGAGGAGCGCGAGCUGGCUGGCCAAGGGCUGCUCCGGAGCAAGGCCGAGCUGCUCCGGAGCAUCGCCAAGAGGAAGGAGCGCCUGGCAGUCCUGGACAGUCAGGCUGGGCAGAUCCGGUCCCAGGCUGUGCAAGAGUCAGAACGCCUAGCCCGGGAUAAGAAUGCCUCCCUGCAGCUGCUGCAGAAGGAGAAGGAGAAACUGGCUAUGUUGGAAAGAAGAUACCACUCGCUCACAGGGGGCAGGGCUUUCCCGAAGACCACGUCGACCCUCAAAGAGGCUGAACUGCUCAUCUCCAAGUCCUCAGAGGUGGGGCUGGGGAUGGCGGCUCUGGGUCCCUUCCCAGGGUCUUCUCAGGCUGGGGCCUCCUCUGGUCCCUUAACUCCACCUGCUUCCACUCAGCUCUGCCCCAAAGCACAGGAGUACGUGACGCUUGAGCAGCUAAAGGCCAUGUGGGGCACCUCGCCUGUGCCCGCAGCGCCCGCGCCAGGCCUGCCUCCCUGGGCCCCUGCCUCCCAGGACCUGGUUCCCACCACCUGCCUUCUUCCCGCGCUGCCCUCUUCCUCCUCCUUCGCUUCUAUCCCGCCUUCAGCCCAGAUGGAGAAGCUGCUGCUCCCCGCUGUAGACUUAGCGCAGUGGUACCAGGAGCUGAUGGCCGGGCUGGGGACCGGCCCCGCUGCAGCCUCCCCUCGUUCCUCCCCCCCGCCUCUGCCUGCCAAAGCUUCCCGUCAGCUGCAGGUUUACCGCUCCAAGAUGGAUGGUGAGGCCACUAGCCCCUUGCCCCGGACCCGCAGUGGCCCCCUCCCCUCUUCCUCUGGCUCUUCCUCCUCCUCCUCCCAGCUCAGCGUGGCUACCUUGGGCCGUAGCCCCUCCCCAAAGAGCACUCUACUCGCCCAGAAUGGCACAAGCAGCCUUCCUCGCAAUCUGGCAGCCACGCUGCAGGACAUUGAGACCAAGCGCCAGCUGGCCCUCCAGCAGAAGGUCGAGUCGCUUCCUGCCGAGCCCCUCCCAACUGACGACCCAGCAGGGCAGCAGGUGAUCGAGGAGCAGCGGCGGCGCUUGGCUGAGCUGAGGCAGCAGGCGGCGGCCGAGGCGCAGUGCCAGUGGGACGCCCUGCACGGGGCCGCGCCCUUCCCGGUCGGGCCCUCAGGCUUCCCGCCGCUCCCGCAUCCCUCCAUCCUGCACCACCUGCCGGCGGCCGGGGAGCGAGGGGAGGAGGGCGAGCACGCCUACGACACGCUGAGCCUGGAGAGCUCAGACAGCAUGGAGACCAGCAUCUCCACGGGGGGCAACUCAGCCUGCUCCCCCGACACCAUGUCCAGUGCCAGCGGCCUGGAUGUGGGGAAGACGGAAGAAAUGGAGAAGAUGCUGAAAGAAGCUCAUGCGGAAAAGAGCCGGCUCAUGGAGUCAAGGGAGCGGGAGAUGGAGCUGAGGCGGCAGGCCCUGGAGGAGGAGCGGAGGCGGCGGGAGCAGGUGGAACGGAGGCUGCAGGGCGAGAGCGCCCGGAGGCAUCAGCUCGUGGAGAAGGAGGUCAAGAUGCGGGAGAAGCAGUUCUCGCAGGCACGACCUCUGACCCGCUACCUGCCGAUCCGGAAGGAGGACUUUGACCUGAAGACCCACAUUGAGUCCUCAGGCCACGGUGUGGAUACCUGCCUGCAUGUGGUGCUCAGCAGCAAGGUCUGCCGUGGCUACUUGGUCAAGAUGGGUGGCAAGAUUAAAUCAUGGAAGAAGCGCUGGUUUGUCUUCGAUCGACUCAAGCGCACCCUUUCCUAUUAUGUGGACAAGCAUGAGACGAAGCUGAAAGGGGUCAUCUAUUUCCAGGCCAUUGAAGAAGUGUACUAUGACCACCUGCGCAGUGCAGCCAAGAGCCCAAACCCGGCCCUCACCUUCUGUGUGAAGACCCACGACCGGCUGUACUACAUGGUGGCCCCGUCCGCAGAGGCCAUGCGCAUCUGGAUGGAUGUCAUCGUCACCGGGGCGGAGGGCUACACCCAGUUCAUGAACUGACCGAAUGGGCCUCGUGGACCCUCAGACCGGCCCAGGACCCAUGCCCAACUGCCUGCUGCUCCGCUCGCCCCCAGAGACAGUCACGCCCUGGGCCUCAGGCCUCACACAAGUGCUCCCAGAGGCCCUGGAGGGCAGAGCAUGACUGGGGUUUUGUACAAGAAGUGACUUUGUAAUGUUCUGUAAGGAGCUCGUCCUGUGAGUUUCUGAGCUCCGGCCCCCUAAAGAACCAGCCAGGAGAUAAAAGUUGGGGAGGGGCCUUUGCUGCCUCCUGGGAGCCCAGAACUUGCAAUAACCCUUCAGGGUCCUGCCCCAGGCCCAGCCAGGCUGAGGAGCUGUCACAGAGGGGUCCCUCCGCUCUGACCUGGCACUUGCGCUCCCCAGCCUGUGUUCUCUUUUGUAAAGGACAAAUUAUGGUACCAGAAGCUGCCAAAGAUCCCCUCUUGCCUCAGCCCCCUUUGCAGGGGCCUUGGGGGCUGAGCAGAGCCACAUUCAUAGUGGGGUAACAGCUCAGGCGGUGUACUUCUCAAACCCCGCUCUACCCCAUUGUUGUCCUGCGUCUAUAUUUUUUAUUACUUUGCUGAAGGGCCGGAGACCGAAAGUGUCAUCCUUGAGGUCCCAGCCCUAUCACCUUUUUACAGACCCAUCACCAUGGUCACCACAGUGACGGCUUCAUCGCCAUGGUUACAUACUAAUUGCCGUGGCUCCGUGGCUCAGCCCACUGCUUCAGCGGUGGGCCUGUCUGAGGGUAUGUGCCGUCAUCUCUCCAGCCCAGGCCCUUGGGCACCUCCUGCUGGGGGGAAGGGGCUGCACACCUUCUCCCUGCCCCCUGCCUGCGUCUCCAGGCCCUGAUAACACAGGCUGCCGGCUCCCCUGUCCAGCCCUCCCGCUUCCACUCGUGCCUUGCCUAGAGCCAGAAGGGGUGAAGCUGGCAACUAGAGACCAGAGGAGGAGCCAUUGGAUGGGAGAAGAACCUAGAAGGGCUGUCCUUGGGGUUCUGUUAUAGGGCUGAGUCUCUGACAGAGGGCUGUUCAGAUUCUCCCGAUGGAAGUCCUGAGCAGGAGAGGAAGCAGCGGAGGGGCCCUGAGGUCUGGUUGCCCCCCCUGCAGCCUCGGAAGGGGGAUGAAAUGGACAGUAGAGGACCAGGCCUCCAGCUGUCUGUGCUCAGCCCUUUCCGCCUUAACACUGCACCCACCUCCCUGUCCCCCUUCCCAGCCCUGGGCCAUGGUUGCUGGGUCCAGGCUGGAUGUUUUUCAGUAUUUGUAAGCAUCUCAGCAGAACAAUAAAGCAUUUGGACUAUG